GUGUUGAUCUCUCCUUUGAGACUUUCCAAAGAUGCCUUACAUCAACAGAUGAGUUUGCUCAUGGAUAAUUCCAGCUGUGUACAAUCAUUUCAAGUACUGACACAAACAUCCAGACAAAAACAUCCAGUAAGAAACUAACUUUCUGUAGACAAUACAGUCAGAGAGGGUUGAAUGACUCUGCAAAAUGGGUUUGUGAUAGUUCACAUGUUUAGAUUGGGAGUACAAGCACAUCUUUUUUGUGCUGACAUUAACAUGAGAAGGGGGUGGGGUGUCAAAAGGUCAUCCACUUUUAGAGGAAGAGAGAGAUUACGUGAAAUUAUGAAAUUUGUUGUAUGGACCAAAUUCUGAAGUGAAGUCUGAUUGGUGUAAAAGUGUUACCACAAGCACGUAGUAUAACUGUGAGUCAGGCUGACCAAACCCAUCAGGUUUAUAAGCAUGGCCUACUCUGAGUAUUUCAAUAUCCUAAUCCCAUGUUCACGAACGCUAUUACUUGCCUCUGGUUUAUUGAUGAAAAAUAAUUUCUGAUCUGAGCAACAUAACAAAGAUAAUAACCAGUGGCAAUGGGGGACUGGUCAUAUCUUUCCAAGUUACUGGACAAGGUGCAGUCCCACUCAACGGCAAUCGGAAAGAUAUGGAUGAGCGUCCUGUUUAUCUUCAGGAUCCUGGUUCUGGGUGCAGCAGCAGACAGUGUGUGGGGAGACGAACAGUCUGAUUUCUACUGCAACAACAAAGAACCUGGGUGUGAGAAUGUGUGCUAUGACUGGGCCUUCCCCAUCUCACACAUCCGUUUCUGGGUCAUGCAGAUCAUCUUCGUCUCCACCCCAACUCUUCUAUAUCUAGGCCAUGCCAUGCAUGUCAUCCACCGGGAGGAUAAGAUGAGGGAGGCACAGCAGAACCAGGUUGACAAUGGCAUGUUGAAGAGGCCCAAAUACACAGAUGACCGGGGGAAAAUCAAAAUCAAGGGAAUUCUGCUGCGUAGCUACAUGACCCAGUUGUUCUUUAAGAUAGUGUUAGAGCUCGCUUUUAUUGUGGGACAGUACUACUUAUAUGGGUUUGUCAUGAAAUCCAUGUUCCUCUGUCAACAACAGCCCUGCUCCAGACUGGGGGCUGAGUGCUUCAUGUCCCGUCCCACAGAGAAGACCAUCUUCAUCAUCUUCAUGCUGGUGGUGGGCUGCGUGUCUCUGUUGCUCAAUGUGAUCGAGGUGUUUUAUUUGAUUUGCAUCAGUGUAAAACGUGGAACCAAGAAGCAAUACCCACUGCAUAUCAUCUCAGCUGAGAACCCAGUCACGCCAUACAGUCCAGCAUCAGAAUGGCAAAGUAACCUGGAUGGACAUAAAGAUUGCUCAUCCCUUCACAACAUCCAAAGAGAAGCUGAACUAAUGGAGGAAAAUAAAAACACUCCUUAGGCUUUCAAUAGACUUCACUUGAUGAUAUUCUGACCUGUGAAUUUAUGUAAUCAUAUGCAAUUAGUUGGCUACACUUCCAGUAAAUUAGAGGAAAACAAAUCAUUACAGAGUGUAUUGAGUUUUUGUUUGUCACAUAGAUUACCUUGUUACUGAAUGUUGUUCAUAUUACAGUUUGUUUCUAUGCUGACACUGUGAUGACUAAUGUUUUGUAGGAUAUGCCGCACAUUUCCAGGGCAUACACUAGAUGGCAGCAUAAACUUGGUGAUUGAAAUCACAUUUCACCAGUGAUCAGACUUUACAUUUACAUUUUAGUCAUUUAGCAGACGCUCUUACCAGAGAAUCUUAC